UUCGUCAGGGACAAAAAGCAGGAAGGGCACAGUAGGCUAGCUCUCUACCAUCAGCUAACAGAAAACGUAUCCAGCUUAUUAGAUCAUAAGUUGACUAUAAAACAAAUCAGCCUUUUAUCCAAUAUGCUUGACGACAGUGAGCUUGUUACUCUGCGAAAUAGAUUUAAGAGCAAUGCUGAAGUUCUAAUGCAAGGAGUUUCGGCGGUUGACAACAAUGAAAAGAGUCAAGAAGAAAAUGAUGUAAAACCCUUACCUCGUAUCAACCGCCACUCUGUCUUCUGGAUAGUGGCGUCUGUUUGCCUGACUUAUUAUGUGGACUUCCUCAGAGUCAUUGUGGAGAACAAGGACAUUAAAAGCUGGUGGUUCAAUGUUGGCCUGGUUCUGUUUGGAGUAUGUCUGUCCUUGGCUACUUUCUCCAUCGUGUAUCUCGAGUGGUACAAGGGGAUACAGCACUAUGACCAGGUGUACCCUGCCAUUGCCCCAACAACAACCGCAUCCUUCAUUGCAGCAUCAUGCAGUUUUAAUAUUGCACUCUGGCCUGUGUGGUCAUUCCUCACUCCCAUAAUCCUGUUCACCCAAUUCAUGGGAGUGGUGAUGCUGAUAUCCAUGCUUGGUUGAAAAGUAAGAUGUAAAACACGUUUGUAAUGCAAUUUAUAAUAUUUAUUGAAACUUUCAUGCAGCACAUGUAUUUCAGAUGUUUAAAUACAGUAAAGACAAAGCUAACUUCAUUUAAUCAAACAGUCUAAAAUAGAAAACACAUGAAGUAUUUAUAUGUCUAUUUGUUUUAUU